AGUGUGCGGAGCCGGGGAGCAGCUGGCUGGGGGCGCCGGCUGCCUUCCAUAAAGUGAAUGGCCGCAGUGAAUAGGAGUCAGUCGGCGGGGAUCGGCCUCCUGCUCCCUCUCCAUGUGGCGCAGGCGAGCAGAGAGGCACAGAGCGGCCGGGGAACCAGGGGGACUUACUUUGUGACGGGAGCCCAGGAGCCCGGGCGCAGGUGUGGGGGCAGACGUCUCUCCCGCGCCCAGGAUUAAGGCCGCCCGGCAGAGCCGGCAUCAAGACCCGCUAUUCCUCCUCCUCCUACAUCACCAUCCCUCAUUUCUACAAAAUGGAUUUCAACCUGCUGACGGACUCAGAGGCUCGCAGCCCAGCUCUGUCCCUCUCCGAUUCUGGGACACCCCAACACGAACACAGCUGCAAGGGGCAAGACCACAGUGACACAGAGAAGUCCCAGCAGAACCAGACUGAUGACUCCAACCCUGAGGAUGGCUCCUUGAAGAAGAAACAGCGAAGGCAGAGGACUCACUUUACCAGCCAGCAGCUCCAAGAACUGGAAGCCACCUUCCAGCGCAACCGCUACCCGGACAUGAGCACCAGGGAGGAGAUAGCAGUCUGGACCAAUCUGACUGAGGCACGAGUCCGGGUCUGGUUUAAGAACCGCAGAGCCAAAUGGAGGAAACGAGAAAGGAACCAACAGGCAGAACUUUGCAAGAACAGUUUUGGAGCCCAGUUCAAUGGACUGAUGCAGCCUUAUGAUGACAUGUAUUCUAGCUACUCAUAUAACAACUGGGCUACCAAGGGGCUUGCCACCAGUCCCUUGUCAGCCAAGAGCUUCCCCUUCUUCAACUCCAUGAAUGUCAGCCCCCUUUCCUCCCAGCCCAUGUUCUCCCCACCCAGUUCCAUUGCCUCCAUGACCAUGCCUUCCUCCAUGGUCCCCUCAGCAGUGACUGGAGUACCUGGCUCCAGCCUCAACAACUUGGGAAACAUCAACAACCUCAACAGCCCAAGCCUCAACUCUGCUGUUUCAUCCAGUGCCUGUCCUUAUGCCUCUACUGCCAGCCCCUACAUGUACAGGGACACAUGCAACUCCAGCCUGGCCAGCUUGAGGCUGAAGGCCAAGCAGCAUGCUAACUUCACUUACCCAGCAGUGCAGACGGCAGCUUCCAACUUGAGCCCUUGCCAAUAUGCUGUGGACAGGCCUGUAUGAAGGACUGCCCUCUCUGCCCAUCGGGGACUUGACCUAAGCCUGACAAAAGAAGACCGUUUGCCCUAAAAAAUGGGGUAUGUCAUGCAGGAGAGAGACAGGCAGACAGACCUAUAUGAAGACUUGUCUAACUAUCGUAUGGUGAAUUUUGACCGUCUUUCCCCCCCCGGUAAAACAACCAAAACUGUCCAUUGGAAACCCAGUUGGAAACAUAGAAACCUAUGACAUGCAGUUUUCCUAACUCCUGGGCAGCAGGACUGAGCACAUUUCAAUUUAACCCCCAAGAUCUGACACAGUUCUUCACUCCCUUCCCUUGGAUCAAAAAUUCCUCUUUAAAGCAUAGGCAACCAGAUGGUACAGCUCCAGGAGGCAGCCGGGGACUGAGGCAAAAUAGCACAGCCACUCAGUGCUUGGUUGACCACACAAAUGUGUGAGAGCUGUCUGAUGUCAUAUAAAGGCAUCUUUCCCACUUAUUUAUCAUGUGGCCAAUCCUGCACCCGGCAAGGAAGGCACUGGCUCAGUCAGCAUACAUUUUUAUACUGCAAAUAUAUGCAUGGCCAUUACAACUUGAAGCCCUUAGGGACUGGGAGUUGUAGGGAAUGUAGACUGUGUGUGUGUUUAUAUUUUAUAUAUAUAUAUAUAUAUAUAUAUAUAUAUAUAUAUACACACACACACACAUAUACAUACACACACACACACACACACACACAAAUAUAUAUAUAUAUAAAAUAUACUUUUUUGUUUUAUACAUGGAACAAUCUCUGAAGUAGACCUUAAGGAUGAAAACCCAAGCAUGUUCACCAAGGCAGAGCGUUCUGCCUGCCAUGCUUUAGCGCAUAAGUCAUUUCCAGUCUGAUAGGAAUUCCUUUGCCAAUGUACAUCCAAAGAAUUCCCCCUUCCCUUUCCCCCCGGCCCUUUUGCAACAAACCAACCCCCCUCUUGCACACCUUCCCCUCCUGCAAUUCCACUUUGGAAAGAAAAUAAAAUGAAAGUUGGAGCAAUCCCUUUCAGGAUCAUGUCUGUCUGGUUAUUGAGAGCGCAAGCUGAUAACAUGGGGAAGAAACAGUAAAGCUGAUAAAAGUGCAGUGCCCUAUGCAGGCCCUGGUCUGAGACCCCUUCCCUUUUGCCCCUUGCUAGGGACUCUAAAAAACCCAAUGAAGCUAAACACCAACAGCAGAGUCCAAAACAUCUCUCCCAGGCUGUCUCUGUCAUCAACUGGCUCCAACCCCUGCCCAGGUUCUUCCAUGGAAAAGCUCCAGUUCCUUCUUAAUCUCUAACAAAGGAAGAGUUACUUAUACCUUCUGCCACUUCCCAGCAUGCUAUGCCCCUAUAUUACUCAGCAUCCUCUGUAAUUUUAACUCCAAGCAAGCCUCCUAUUCUGCAGCGUAUCUAGACUGAUGGCAAUACUGGAGCUGAGAAUUUGCCUUAAAGGGCCAGCACUGCUGCAUACAGUGAACAGAAGAAGAGCUCCCAUCUCUUUGGUUGGUGC